UAUGUCUCUCUCUCUCUCUAUCUCUUCUUGCUCUGUUUCUUUCCUUCUUUCCUUUUUCCCUCUCGAUAGUUUCGAAAACCAGCUGGUCGUUCACUGAUCUGCACGCCUCCCCCAGCACCAUUAUUACCUUUCUACCCCCAAUUUAUUGCCCAUUGCCACCUCUCUCUCUCUCUCUCUCUCUCUCUCUCUGCUUUACUCUCCCCUCUCUGCACUUUCCCAUUACCCUCUGUUUCUCUCUGUCCCUCUGUCACCAUAGCCACAUCUUCCCGUUGUUAGCUCUCUCCUCUCCCCUCCCCUCCCCUCCCGUCCUCUGCUGCAAAAAGGAGCCACAGUGCUUCCCCCGGCUAAAGCAGCGCGGCUUCGCUCAGAGACACACAACCCCUCAUGGCUGCCUCGACGCAUGACGGCGGCUCCGGGCCGACGUCCAUAGGGAAGGUCAUAGGAGCGACGGCGGACGUCCACCGCACCGGCCAGCAGAUAGAGCGGGCGAGGGACGCGUACAGGGACUACGCCGCCGUGGAGGAGAAGCCGUCCAAGGCGGAGGCCUUCGGUUGGCACCUCUACGGAUUCUGCACCUACUUCGUCCAGACCACCCUCAUCCCCGUCCUCUUCCCACUCAUUAUCAGCCAGACUGUCUCCGACGUCCCCGAGCCGGCUCAUGGCUGGACCCACAGCUCCCGGGGCUUCCCCUGCAGCCAAAAGGAGAUGAGACUGUAUGAAGCUCUGGUUCACCGAUCCGUCAAGGUUGGCAGUUCAGGGAUAUCUCCUCUGGAAUGGACCUCCAUCUCUUGGCUCAUUGGCUUGAUCCUGUCCGCUCCUCUUCUUAGCUUCGUUUCUGUCCACCUAGACCAUGGUCAUGCCCAACAGCUCCUGGCUGGGGCUGCAACCCUUGCAGGGGCCUUCUUCUGCUUGCCCACCGGCUUCUUCCGGACACCCUGGAUCUUCCCCUUGUACAUUGCCCCAAUUGUAGCUGCUAGUGGUGUUGCUGCUGCCUUUCAUACGCGCAACCUUGGCCUCAUGAUCCGUGGCUACUCGGGGCCCACCCUCCUCAGGCACCAAUUCCAGGCUAGGAGAUCCGUCUCUGGGUGGCUCUCCCUCUAUGCUACUGCCGCCGGUUGCUUUGGCUCGGCAAUGAUUUCUGCCUUCACCUAUCACAUGCUCGAGCAGAAGGAGAAAUUCAUCAGCCUCUGGGUUGUUUCGAUCUUCAGCGGGAUCAUGUGGCUCACUGGAAUCCUAUAUGUCAUCACGACCUACCGCCCUGGGGAGGACUGCGCCCCUCCGGCAGCGCACACGUACGUGCUAUCAGUCUUCCGAUACCCCCACGCCAUAGGGAGUCUCGUGAGUGUGUUCUUCUCUUCGUUCACGACCAUGUGCAUCUUCACGGGGGCAGUGCUCUACUUGGCGGGCGAGCUCUGCCUGAAGCCGGUGGAUGUGCUCUUCUUUUGGCUGGUCUACUUCCUCAUCCCGGUUCUCGCUCUUCCGGCGCUGCAGCCUCUCCAGCAGCUCAUAAAGGCAAGCUCUGUGAAGAUGAAGCUCCUCGGGUUCCUUCUCUCGAUGGUCACAGCUGGAGUUGGGUUCUAUUUCCGGAAGAAGAGUUGGAGCAAAGGGCAUGUGCUCUUCCUAGCAGCAAUCCAGAGCAUCGCAACUGGGAUUUUGUACGCCUUUGGACGGAUCUUGGUGGUUGACUGUGCCCCACGCGGGAAGGAAGGCGUGUUUGCAGCAUGGUUCUCCUGGACAAGGGCUGUUGGGACCUGUGCAGGGUUCGCCAUCGCCUCGGCUGUCCCUGGGAGCGUGAGCACUUCCUUCGGGGUGGCCUUCUGCAUCGGGUUGAUUGGGGCAGUGAUGCUGGUGUUUGGGAACGUGAGCGAUUUCGGCGGGGCCUUGGCUGCUGGGAACGUGAAGGACGACAACGAGAAGGGGUCGCCCGUUCACGGGUUGGACAGGCAAAUCAUCGGGAAGGACAAUGCGCAUCGAGAUACAGCUUGACGAAUCAAGGACAAGGACCAAGGAGUAGGAGAUAAGUCGAUUAACCGUCUUCUUCGGAUGUGGUGCAAAGAUUUAAAGUGUAAUUUGGGGUUAUGUGAUGGUGUGUAUUAAUUUAAUUUGUGCAAGAAUUUGGUUGUGGGCCUGUAAGUGAUUUAAAAAAUUGAAUUUUUAGAUUCUUUUUUUUCGAUUUUUUUUUUGUUUUUCUGUUUUUUUAGGGUUCAGUUACAUACGCUCUUCGGAUUCCAUGUGAUCUGAUAUGUGAAAGGCAAAAAUUUUUAGAUAGUUGGGGGAGUCAGCAAUGUUUGUUCAUAGUCAACCAAACUGUAUUAUCUUGUCUUGUCUGACGUUUGACA